AUGAACGGUUUUGUUGGGUGGUUGGAGCGGCCGCACCGACCAAAUAAAGGGCCCUCUCUCUUGCCCCACCAUGUCGACAAACUCGGCGAAGCAAAUGCAGGUAGAACUGGACUGACGCGGAGAAAAGGAAGUGGGUUAAAACUUAAGGCUCAGCACGCAAUUCAAGAAUUCUAUCAACACUGGCGAGACGCCGAAGAGACAGACUUGCAGAGCGAGAUCGACGUAAACGCCUUCCGAAACGAGGCAAAUGUCCCAUCUCGUUUAUUCGUUCGUUCAGCCUACAUCUCCCUCUUUGAGCGUUCGGAGGCGAGAUUUCGGAAUUCAGGGGCAGUAAUUACAGGCGCACCUGGUGCGGGCAAGACCAUCUUCCUGCGGUAUGCUUUGUCGUUUAUCUGUUCUAUGGUGGAGAAGCGAAGCUACCGUUCGUCUGGUCUCUCAUUGACCAUGAUAGCGAUCUCACUGCCAACACUGGAACUUCGUUCACUGCCGACUGUCUUUCCUGUCCAAGCUGCCUCUCCCAAUCCUGUCCGCUAUGGACUUUGGGCAAAGAGGCGGCGCCUUGCUCCUAUGUGGGGCCUGGAACUCUGGGACGAGGAAUAG